AUGGAUGAGGAGACAGAGGAUCUCUCUGGGACACAACCACUAAGGAAUGUGGAAGACCAAAGUGCUGAGCUACCAGAUGACCCUCAAAGUGGACCCUCCACUGAUCUAUUGAAAUCCAGUGCAUCUUUCCUUUCCUGCUCCCCUGCCCCUGGUUCAGCCGUUUCUGCCCUGCAAUCUAAAGUCAAAGCAGUGUCCCAGAGAAAGCUAAAGGGGACUGAGAGAGAUGAUCUAUUACCCGAGAGUUCCACAGAAGAAUCAGCGAAGAAAAACCAAGAUGAUGAAGCGCUGUCUCCUUGUCAAACAGAAUACACCGAGCAGAGUAAUAAGUCAAGCCCUGAUGAUAAAGAAGUGCUGGAACCCAACUCUGGGAUGCAAGGAGAAAAACAGACUUGCAACAAAAGUGGGAAAGACAGCCCAUCUCAAGGUACACCAGAAAUGUCACGUGGACUUUGUGAAGGGUCUAGCCUAGAGAACAUUGCAGUGGGUGUAGCUGGUGAGCCUCAUGGGGACAUUGCAAUGAAGUCUACAACGUCUUCUCCCAGGCACUGGGCUCCUCCCAAGGGCUUUUGGCGAGUGGCACGACCUGAGACGUUACUUCUCAAUUCAGAGAGUUCCUCCACACUGGCGAUUCCAAAGGAUGUACCACCCACAACUGAAGAGGGUAUGAAACGGAAGCCAAAACUAAAGACUGUGGGUGCAGUUGUUCACAAGGAGCUGCAAAAGUCCGACAGCUUGGAAAGUGCUUUUCAUAGGUGUCUCCAGAAAGAGACUGGAACAGCAGAACCAGUUGGUGGGCUGUGGAAGGCAGACAGUUGGGAGACUGUGUGCUUCCGGGGAGGGUCUUUGUCUAUUGCAGAGAAGGUUGAGAUGAACAAGACAUACCUGAACAAAUACCAGGCUGAUGCCAUUGAGAGCACAACUUCCAUGCAUGCAGAAGGACAGUACCAACCACCAAAGGAGCCACACAGAAAUUUACCUCCCUACAAAGUAGGUGAUUGGGACUCAGCAAUCAUCACAAAGGACCCUGUGUUUAACUAUAGGCCGCUGAUCUCCACAACUGAAGUAACUCUUAGUCCACGUCAUGAACAAGCAAAGCGUCUGUUAGAAAGAGCUCGAUUCAAAGCACGUUCUCAAAACCCUAAGAGUGAAACCCCCAUCUGCCUUGGCCAAAGAGAGGGCCUGGAGGUUUUACCAAUCAGUAUGUCAUCUACACUGCACAGUGCUGUACUUGUUACAGCUCAGGAGGAGGUUACUUCACCUGUUCAUUCACCAGACAUCCGGGGCAGGAACCAUGAGCGUGGGGUGCGCUCACGCCGGUAUGGCCAGUCGCCCACGCGAGUACGUUUCGAAGACGAGUCAGAAAAGGAGGCUGAGCGGCGAUACCUGGAGCGGGUGCGUGAACGUGGGCCAGUUGUGGCUGAGAAAACCCAUUCCACCCAAAAGGCAGAACCGGGGUACAACAUGCCAGAGGAAAGCAUGGGAGCGGCAAUAAACUGGGUAAAUGUUGGUAUCCCCGUGGCCAUAUUAACCAAGGAGGGAGAGUGUCUGGCUGCCAUGGUGCCAAAGGAUGAAAUUCUCAGGACAUGUGAAGCCUGUGGAAGCUUCUUGGGACCUGCACAGAACAAAGAUUGUCAUGCCCAAUCAACGCACAGUUUAGUAGACUCUCAGGAGAAGGCAGCUCCUCGAUGGGUCACCCCUGGUCAGUCAUGUCGCCGAACCAUCCACCCGACCUGCAAGGAAAAUAUCGUUUUCACUGGAGGAGUCAGCCUGGCAGAAAGUGUGGGGCGGGGAGGUGUAGGAGGUGCAGGAGAGAGCACGUCAGCUUUUGGGAAGCUUCGAAGAAGAAGCAGGAAAGGGGAAAGCAGAGGUGAAAGCGGUAGUGGUCCAUAUGCUCGAAGUCAGGAUUUAUGGGCUCAGAGAAGGAACUCCAAAACCAGGUCAAGUCUGGAGGAUAAAACUACUCGUUCUAAAGUGAAGACACAUGCACAAGGUGCUACAGAAACCUCACCUGAUCUUGAGAAUAAAGAUCUCUCUAGCAAUGUCAAGGACUCUCCUCCCCAUCUCCCCAUCAAAUCAGCUCUGAAAUCAGGUUCCAAGAGUCGGCCGACAGGGCAAAGGGUGGUCAAGCUAAUGCCCUCGGUUCAGUACCGCCUCAUUCACCUUGACCACAAGCUGGAUGGGAGCUCCCACCACGAAAACAUACAACCUGAAGAGCACCUCACUGUCACUCUCAGUGCCUCCCCUCAGGAUCAUCCCGUCACCUCAGGGCUGACUACUUGCACCAGACCAUCUUCUCUCAGGUAUUCUGCAUCUGUGCUAACCACAGACCUUCAGGCUCUAACAAUAUGGGACCCUGCAGGGGACCUAGUCUCAGGUCAUUUGGCAGGUGAGGGUGUCUGCAAGGAUCCCAGAAGCGCUUGCACAGCACCUGUUCCCUCAGAUUGCCGCCCGGCUUUGAGAGCAGUGGGUACAUCAAAGGCAGAAGACCUGAGGUCAGAACUUCUGAGAGCAGAGCACCGAAAAGCUGAAAUACACUGGGAUGACAGUGUAGUUUUGUCUAGGAAAGCAGGGGAGCGAGAAGGGCGGCCUAAGCUAUCUCUCCGUCGCUUUUUCUCAUCCAUGGGACUGAACAGUAUGGGUAAACUGGUGAAGGGAAGCCGGUCCAACAGCAUGGAGCACCUGUGUUUCCCCGCUGCCCGGUACAAUUCUGCAAGUCCUACACACAGAGGCCUAGUCCCUUUGAAGAGGACCCCCCUCUCUCCAGUCUCUCCACACAGAGUCUCCUUUGGCUCAGUUACGUAAAGCAUCUUCUGUCCAGAGCCUACAGUCCCCAAAGAGGAAGUUUGAACGUUCCACUAUUUUAGGAGAGUUACCACUGCCACUGAGUUUGGCACCGAGGGAGCUUCAGAAGGAAGAAAACAUAGAGGAGUCACUAGAGGAUUCCCGAGGAGCAGGUCCACUAGGGCGGCUGGUGCAGGCCUUUCCUGAUGGGACUUUACUGAUAGAACUUACCAGACCUGCCAACAAUGGACCCUUUGGCUUUGUCAUCUCCAGAGGCAAAGGAAGACCUGACUCAGGUAUAUAUGUGGAACGGGUUGGAGAAAGUACCACAGAGAACAUCUACACUGGACUCCUGGGUGUUGGAGAUGAGAUUCUAGAAGUCAAUGGGGAAAUUGUUGCUGGACUGACCCUAGAUCAGGUUACACGCCUCAUGACCCGUGACAGCAAAGCCAAGAUCCGGA